GGGAAAAGGAUAAUUGAAAAUAUGUGGGCUUGUAGAAAAGCAGCAAAUGGAGUGCCCAGAUCCAAAGAAUCCGUUGCACUGUUGAAGUCACAUGUUUCGUUCUGCGACUUUCUUACCCUUGCUUGCUUCAUCUGCAGGUAGAUUCUAUUGGUUCGUGCUGUUCUUUCCCCUUCCUUAAUUGGAUCUGCUGCAAGUAUUGGAGCUUCGAAUUUUUCCACCAGAUUUGGCCGUGGAUUCUUAUUUCAGUGUUGAAAAUGGGGAACAAGUUUUGGCUUAGUGAAGAAGACAAAGCUGCAGUUGAGAGUGUGUUAGGAACUGAAGCUACUGAAUAUUUUCAGUGGUCGGCUUCCAACGCCGUGCUGUCGGAGUUCGCCGCCGCCGCCGCCGGCGACCUCGGCGUGCAGCAGGCGCUCUCCGAGAUCGUCGACGAUUCAGAUUGGACGUACGCCAUCUACUGGCAUGUGUCGAAGUCGAAAUCCGGCAAGUCGGCGCUGAUAUGGGGCGACGGCCAUUGUAACGAGUCUAAGGAAGGUGAAAACAGCGGCAGCUGCAAUGGUUCCGACGGCGGAAUAUCGCCGGAAGGAGACCGGAGGAAACGAGCGGUGCUUCAGAAGAUCCAUGGCUGCUUCGGAGGAUCGGAAGAUGACAAUGUAGCCGCAAAAUUGGAUCGCGUAUCGGACGUCGAGAUGUUCUAUCUAACGUCGAUGUACUUCGCGUUCCCUUUCGACAAGCCGUCGAUACCGUCGCAGGCGUUCAACUCCGGAAGAACUAUCUGGGUUUCCGAUGCGAAGAGCUCGUUCGAUCGCUAUCAAUCGCGGUCGUAUUUAGCUAAGCUCGCCCGGUUUGAGUCCGUAGCUUUUGUCCCGUCAAAAUCUGGUGUCGUCGAGAUCGGUUCGCGGAAGUCGAUCCCCGAGGAUAAGAGCAUUGUUCAGUUAGCGAAAUCGAUCGUCGUGAAAUUCAAUCCGGCGCAGGCGCGAGGUUUUCCGAAGAUUUUCGGCCAAGAAUUGAGCCUCGGAGGAUCCCGGUCCGGCACGAUCAACAUCAGCUUUUCGCCGAAGGUGGAAGACGAUUUCUCGCCAGAAUCGUACGAUCAAGUUUUCGGGAACACGUCGAACAACGACGACGGCGAAGCGAAAUUAUUUACGAACCAUUCGGCGAACGCGGGGCAGAGUAAGGAGGAUCUUUUUCUUCUCGCCGACGAUCAGCGGCCGCGGAAACGUGGCCGGAAACCGGCGAACGGGAGGGAGGAGCCGCUGAAUCAUGUCGAGGCGGAACGACAGCGGCGGGAGAAGCUCAACCAACGAUUCUACGCGUUGAGAGCCGUCGUUCCGACGAUCUCGAAGAUGGAUAAAGCGUCGUUGCUCGGGGAUGCGAUCGCGUACAUAACGGAUCUUCAGACGAAGAUACGACUACUCGAAGCCGAGAAAGGGAUUUCGAGCGACAAGCAGAACGUACCCGACGUCGAUUUCCACGAGAGGCCCGACGACGCCGCGGUCGUGCGCGUAACGUACCCGUUGGAGAAUCACCCGGUGUCGGGGGUUAUAAAGGCUUUGAGAGAUAAUCAGGUGACGGCGCAGGAGUCGACGGUUUCGAUAACCGAGAGUGGCGAGGUCGUUCAUACGUUUUCGAUUCGAGGACACGGCGGGAGCGCCGAGCAGUUGAAGGAGAAGCUGGCGGCGGCGCUGCUGAAAUGAUCGCCGGAAAAAGAAAAAGAUUGAAUCUUUCUUCGUCGAUAUGCGAUAUUCGGUUCGAUUUUCGAUGGUAUGGAUCACACAUUUUGUGCAUUUCUGGGUAUAGAUAGUAAGAAUUAGUAGAGGUUUGAAGCCCAGAAUUGAUUUUUAUGAGUUCUAUUUAGCUUAGGUUCGAUUUAAUUUCGAUUUCGAUUUCGACUUCGAUAUAGUUUAGCGACUAUUGUUUGUUCUAAGGUUGAAUUCAUAUGUUCUUCUGUACUCUGCUUUAGCAAAAUGAUAUUCUUGCUUGUAUAUU